AUGGCAGAUAUUGAGGGAUUCCCCGGAAGCUCCAUGCAUGGAGUCACAGGAAGAGAACCAGCCUUUGCUUUCGCUGUUACUUCAACCGUCGUUCCAACUGAUACCUCUGCAAAAUUUGCUUUACCUGUUGAUUCUGAACACAAGGCCAAAGUGUUAAAACUUUUCUCCUUCGCUGCACCCCACAUGAGAACAUUUCACUUAUCCUGGAUUUCCUUCUUCACUUGCUUUGUCUCCACUUUCGCUGCAGCUCCACUCAUUCCUAUCAUUCGUGAUAACCUUAAUUUAACGAAGGUAGAUAUUGGUAAUGCUGGGGUUGCUUCUGUUUCUGGGAGUAUAUUCUCCAGGCUUGUAAUGGGUGCAGUCUGUGACCUUUUGGGGCCUAGAUAUGGCUGUGCAUUUUUAAUCAUGCUUUCAGCUCCUACAGUAUUCUGUAUGUCAUUUAUCUCAUCUGCUGGAGGGUAUAUUGCAGUUCGUUUUAUGAUUGGGUUUUCUUUAGCAACCUUUGUGUCGUGCCAAUACUGGAUGAGCACUAUGUUUAACAGUAAGAUUAUUGGGCUCGCCAAUGGAACUGCGGCUGGAUGGGGUAACAUGGGAGGAGGGGCAACUCAACUAUUGAUGCCUAUCGUUUAUGAUAUCAUUCGACGCGCUGGAGCAACUCCUUUCACAGCAUGGAGAAUAGCCUUCUUCAUCCCCGGGUGGCUUAAUGUGAUAAUGGGAAUUUUGGUCUUAACCCUCGGCCAAGACUUGCCUGAUGGGAAUCUAAGCAGCUUGCAUAAGAAGGGUGACGUUGCAAAAGAUAAAUUCUCAAAGGUGGUGUUUUAUGCCAUCAUUAACUAUAGAACAUGGAUCUUUGUCCUCCUCUAUGGCUAUUCCAUGGGUGUUGAAUUGUCUAUUGACAACGUCAUCGCAGAAUACUUUUUCGAUAGGUUUAACCUUAAACUUCACACAGCUGGAAUCAUUGCCGCUAGCUUCGGAAUGUCGAAUCUCGUUUCUCGUCCCUUUGGUGGAUUUGCUUCAGACAAAGCUGCGGUUUACUUUGGCAUGAGGGGUAGACUCUGGGUGCUUUGGAUCCUUCAAACCAUGGGAGGGGCCUUCUGUAUUUGGCUUGGCCGAGCCAAUACACUUCCCAUAGCUGUUUUGGCAAUGAUCCUCUUCUCAAUUGGAGCUCAAGCCGCUUGUGGUGCAACCUUCGGCAUCAUCCCCUUCAUUUCUCGACGUUCUCUAGGAAUUAUAUCAGGAUUAACAGGUGCAGGUGGCAACUUUGGAUCCGGGUUGACUCAGUUGAUGUUCUUCUCUACUACGAGAUUCACCACUGCUGAAGGUCUAACAUGGAUGGGAGUUAUGACUGUUGCUUGCACUCUUCCUGUUGCACUUGUACAUUUCCCCCAGUGGGGAAGCAUGUUCUUGCCGCCCUCAAAAGAUGUGGUGAAAUCUACAGAAGAACAUUAUUAUGCCUCCGAGUGGAACGAGGAAGAAAAACAGAAUGGUUUGCAUCAAGGUAGUCUCAGGUUCGCCGAGAACAGCCGCUCCGAGCGUGGCAGACGUGUUGCCUCCGCACCAACGCCCCCAAACACAACCCCUGCCCGUGAUUAGUUCACCAUGCACAAGCGAGAUCAAAAUAAUAUAUGGUUCAAGUAGAAAAACCAGACAUGUAGCCUUACUCAUGCUUCUGCUCGUGUUGUCCUUUCAUUCCAUGAAAUAAAUUUGCCAUUUAUGGUAAUACAUAAGUAAAUUGUAAU